AGCACUACUGCCACUGCAACAUUUCCAUCUUGCCACGUAGCUAAAAUCCGAACCCAGCCCAGAGUUCCACACUUCAGUGAUCGGAGAGAGUAACUGUGGGAUGGCGAAGGAGGGUGAGGUGGUGUGCGUCACCGGAGGCAGCGGCUGCAUUGGAUCCUGGCUCGUCCGUCUCCUUCUCGACCGUGGCUACACCGUCCACGCCACCGUCCAAGAUCUCAAGGACGAGAGUGAAACGAAGCAUCUAGAAGCCCUAGAAGGCGCUGAGACUCGCCUCCGUCUCUUCCAGAUCGAUCUCCUUGACUACGGCUCCAUCGUCUCCGCCGUCAAUGGAUGCGCUGGAGUCUUCCACGUCGCCUCUCCCAACAUCGUCCAUCAAGUCCCGGAUCCCCAGAAGCAACUUCUGGACCCGGCGAUCAAGGGAACUAUAAAUGUUCUGACGGCGGCGAAGGAAACUGGGGUGAGCCGUGUAGUGGUGACAUCAUCGUUGAUGGCCAUUACUACGAGCUCUAAUUUGCCAGACGACAUUGUCGAGGCUGAGGAUUGCUGGACCGACAUCGAGGACUGCAAGAAGAAGGGAUUAUGGUAUCCUGUUUCUAAAACACUAGCUGAGAAAGCGGCUUGGGAUUUUUCUAAAGAGAAGGGCUUGGAUGUGGUGGUGGUGAACCCUGGGAUGGUGUUGGGUCCUGUUAUUCCUCCCAGACUCAACGCAAGCAUGUUAUUGUUCUGUAACCUUUUCCAGGAAUGCACUGAAGUACCUGAUGACCUUUUUAUGGGAUAUGUGCAUUUUAAAGAUGUAGCCCUAGCACAUAUCCUGGUGUAUGAGAACAAAUCAGCAACUGGAAGGCACUUAUGUGUUGAAUCUAUAUCGAAUUAUAGUGAGUUUGUAGCAAAGAUUGCUGAACUUUACCCCGCAUAUAAGGUGCCAAGGUUGCUUAAGAAUACCCAACCUGGGUCGUCGCCCUCAACACUUGGAUCCAAGAAGCUGAUGGACUUGGGCUUACAAUUCAUUCCCGUGGAGCAAAUUAUCAAGGACGCUGUUGAGAGUUUAAAGAGCAAGGGAUUUAUUUCUUGACUGUGGCACGCCGCUCCAGGUGUCAGUAAACACUUCGAAGGCACAUCUAGCUGCAAGUCCUUGCGAACACUUGGGGACUCAUCUAUCUCGUGUCUGGUGAAAUGGUAAAAACUUUUACUUUGUAGCAUGGAACAGCUGCUAAGUAAUGUUUAUAGUAAAGACUAGUGAGCUUUGUAAGUCAUACUUUUGACCAAACAAUAUAUAUGUAUAUUAUGUUGUAAAUAGGCUAAAUGAUAAUGUAACCCUCUCUUUCAUUGUGAAGUAGAGAAAGAUUUAUGGGUCUUGCUAUUUAAUUUGUUUGGCGUUGAUUGA